AUGGCCACUGAUAUCAACCAACUCUGCUGGGAUCAUGCAAUCCAGCUUUUUCUGCAUCAGUCCACACGAGAUCCGGGCAAGCGGCGCCUGGCCAAAUCCCUGCCGGCUUGCACACCAGAAAGUCUGGUGAUGGAGGUUAAGCGUCACCUACAUCUGACCGCCAGAACAGCCUCUGGUGGGCUUUGGGCGAGGCUGCAACACUUUGCGGGACUGAUUUCACCGUAUUGCACCACCAUAGAUGCUUUUGUCCAACAUGACCCGCAUAAUAUCGCCUUGGUUUGGGGGUCUAUCCGGGUCAUUAUCCAGAUCCUCGUUGCCCAACAACAAACUUCCGACGAAAUAAACGAGGCUUUUGACUUUAUCGGCCAUCAAAUCGAAAAUUACCACAAAUCUCUCAGCCUGUUCCCCGAGGAGCUGCGCGAGGCAACCACACAGAUAUAUGCCUGUGUGUUCGAGCUGAUUCUGCGCGUCCGGGCCUAUCUCGAAUCACGGCGCACUCGCCGUUUUUUCAAGGCUGCCCUAGGCGCAUUCAGGUCAGAACUAGAGAAAGUCCAGCUGUCCAUCCGACGAUGGGAACAAAUCCGGGAUCGCAUUUUUCGUGUUGCAGCAGAAAAUGUCAAGCGGCUGGAGUCUGAUCGCGUGCGGGAGAGCCAGGCAGCAAUGGAGCGUGCCAGGAAAAUAGCUUCGACAAUGAAGGACCAAUUCAUCUUCGCCCAUUUCUUCCGUAGCCAUGGAGAUUUCCGGUUUCGGCUGGCGUCAAACUUUGCCUUGUCCCUGAUCGCCAAAGCCCUGGAUAUCCCUGAGGUUGUUGAAGCGCCCGGGGCUGCCCAGGUGCUCGCUAAUACAAAUGCAUUAAUGGCGAUCCCAUCCAGUAAAUGCACGCUGCAGCAGCUGUUGGCUAUUCUGGAUCAGCUUUUGGAUCUGCUCCCGGGAGUCACUAUACUUGUUGAUGCAUUGGAUGAGUGCCGAGAUAUUGAACCACCUGGCGACGACCCUCUUUCGAGCUUUCUGCGUCGUUCUGGCUCAUGCAAGAACCGCCGGGUUAUUCUGCUCUCCACUAACCAUCAUUUCGUCCUGGCAAAAGUAUCUGGUACUGACCGCGCAAUCGCAAUGGACGAGAAAGCUAUCGCCGGCGACAUUCGCCUCUUCCUGGAGAGUGAAAUUGACAGGGCUGGCCUCGGGGACCUGCGAGACAAGAUCUUACAGAAAGGCUUAGAGGAAAGCAGGGGUAUGUUUCUAUGGGUCGUUCUCAUGAUGAAGCACGUUAGAGACGCCUCCAAUCUGAAAAAGUGUCGGGAGUCCCUGGACCAGUUACCCCCGGGGUUAUUCCAGAUGUUCGACACGUCUCUGAGAAGAACUGCAGAGUCCUUGAGCCGGGAAGACCAUGACCUGCGCUACAAUGUUCUACGCCUCCUUGUUGGGGCAUAUGAGAGCAUGACGGCGGCCGAAAUCUCGACGGCCAUGGCCUUCUCUCCAGACACCCAUGAGCUGGACGAUGAACUAAAACUGAUUAACGCCGAGACCAGAAUUGCGAGGGUGUGUCGACCUUUUGUCGAGCUUACUCCUGACCGACGUAUCCAAUUCAUCCACAGCACAGUCAAAGAGUUCUUUCUCGCGGAGCAGGGCCGGUCUUCGCCGUGGCGGACGAGCAAGUAUGCCUUGCACUUUUCCUUGCAAGAUUGCCAUCGGUUGCUGGCACGCAGGACAUUGGCGGCCUUAACUCAGAGCCUGUAUCAAACCUGGCAGCAUUCCGCCAGGCUCCUCCAACAGCAUCUGUUGCCCGGGGAAGACGUGAGUACAGAACUGGCGAAACCGGCCAUGAGCCAGCAAAAUGACUUUUACAAUUACUCUUGCCGCCACUGGCAGGAUCAUCUAAUCAUGUUGGCAAACCCGGACCAGAUUAUCCUGGAUUUAUUCCGCAAGUUCCUCCAGCAAAAUGCGUUCGUCGCUUGGUCCGAGGCGAUGGUUGAUCUGGCAAAUUUGAGUGCCCCUUCUGCUCAGGUUUCUGUGCGAGCGGCGCUUCAACAGUGGCACUCACAAAGCCUGGAGCCCCGGUUGAGGCCGAAAGUUCCCUUGGAUAGCUACUUCUUAGAGGCGCAUCUCGCAUUGAGGGACGAGCUUGCCGAACAGGCACACAGCGCAGUAUUGCCCGUCCUCCCUUUGGCCCGCCUCGGCGAAUUCUACAACGUAGGAGGAGAGACGGUUGAGGAGUGGGAGCUUGGAUAUAGAUUCAAGGAAGAGGUAGUUUCUGGCUACGAAGCCACUUUAGGCAAACGCAAUCGCUUCACCCUCAAUGCCAGAACGAGCCUGUACCAGGAGUAUCUCUGGAAGAUGAGAAUGGACGAAGCUAGGGAAGGGCUGUAUGAGGUCGCAAGGCUGCAGCUUGAGGCUGUAGGAACAGAGCUUCCGGACUAUUAUAUCACUCUUUUCUAUUUGGGCGCUGUGGAAUUCCAUCUUACUAUGUUCAAGGAUGCCCGACAAACAUUGAAGACAUCUGCGGAUGGCCUAAAGCGGCUUCUUGGAGACGUCAACUCCAAGGCAAUCCAGGCAGAGCUUUUUAUUGGAUAUGCACUGGAGGCAGAAGGUCGAUUGAGUAUGGCCGCAGCUCUCUACGAGGAGAUAUGGAACAAAUGGACGGGAGUUGGCGGUAGGGCCAACGGAAUCAGCCUGAUGAUACAAACAGCCCAGGGGUCAUGCUACAGAAAGCAGGGCCACUUGGAUACUGCCCAGGACUUGCUUUCUCAUUCCUGGACAGAGAGGAAGCACCUGUUCACGGUGGACAAUAACGUCACUGUGGAUUCUGGUAUUCAACUGGCCAUACUAUUGCGGGACUUGGACGACAACGCAAGAGCAACCGACAUCCUGGCCGAAGUAGUACAUUCCGGCAUCUUCCCAGGGGACUUCGAGCGGUCGUGCCAGGUCGAUCAUCUUCGAGCUCUGAUCGACUUCGACAACGGUCGAUACAGUGACGGUAAGAAGCGCCUGCGUCGUUGCCUAGAACAGGCCGGUGAUGGCCGCCAGGGUCUCCAUAAUAGAGAGCUCCUGUGGAUUCGGAUCACCCUCGCCGAUGUCCUCCGGUGUCAUGGAGAAGGCGACGACGCCUUGAUGCUUUUCGCUGAUCUAGUCACGCCACUGUCGUUGGCAGAUGAGCUGGCCGGAGAGCCUGAACCAGGCCAUCAGUUAGAAGUUGCAGAGGAAGCCCUCCGAUACUUAAAGUCCUAUAACCAGACCGCGGCAGCAGAACUCCUCCAGCGCCAUCAACUCAAAUGGAAACGAACAAGGGAUUUCUGGGUUCUUCAGGGCGGCCCUAUCUCGGAUACCGCCUGGAUGGCUCCCCCUCGCGACGUCCCAGGUUAG